AUGCCUCUACUUCCCCCUUUCAAAAAAAAAAAAAAGAGGGGGACUUAUGCCCUAGCCAGGCCUGGCUCUGAAGAUGUAAACGCCACCUUGGUGUUUGGGGGCUCAUCCGGGCCCUCGGCGCACCAAGUCCUCUGGACUAUGUACCGCUGGGUCAAGAUGUCCAGGUGGAUACUGGGAAGUGUGUCUCUGGCUGAGGACAGCCUGGCCUCUGAUGGGUCCAACCUGACCGACCUGGCUCUGGAGACCAUCAGCAUCCACUUCACAGUCCUGAGGCCCUUCCUGCCCCAGCUCCUCUCGCCUGGUUCUAAGCCCUUCGUCCUGCUAGAGAAGCAGAUUCUCCAGUGGCUCACACCGCUGGUGUCCGGAUUCUACAAGAAGCACCCUCAAAAAGGGCCCCUGCUCCUCUUCAGCGACCUCCACCAAUGGGUGAGCGUGGACAUGGAAUACAAAUUCCACAGCCCUGUCCCCACCCACCUCCGAGGCCUGGCCAAUCACCUGGCCCGCAGCAGCACAGAUCCCGCCCUCCUGAAAUCCAGCCUAGAAGCCAACGAGGAGAAGGCCGAGCUGGAGGUGUAUGAGCUGUGGCUCCUGAUAGGGGGCUGGCCCUUCACCAAAGCCUUGCAGAACAAAACCAGCCCCGAAUUCCAGAAGCUUCAGCAGCAGCUGACCGGAUGGAUGACCCCAGGCCUCAGGACUCUGUGGAACUUUGCUCAAGUCGUGGUGCAGGAGUUCUGGCCAGAACCACCGACUGCCAAAGUGGAGGCCAUCUUCUUCCAGGCGGCCCCACCCCGGGGCCUCAUCCAGGAAUCCGUGCGCAGGGCCCUGAGAUGUGCACCGGAAGCGGAGGGCCUCUGGGUGGAGGUGACCGGCCCAGACUGCGGCGCCCCCCGCUCCGCAGCCUCCAGUCGGCCUGGACCUGGAGCCCCCAGCCCCCGGCUCUGUGUCCUGCAUGCCAUUGUCACCAUCACCUUGGUGCUGAAGUAG